AUGCCCUCGUCCUCGCAAGCAUCGUCCUCGUCUUCAACUUUGAAACGAAAGCAGCAGUCUAUUUCAAGCUUUUUUGCCAAGAAGACACCAGCUGCGCAGAAGUCAUCGUCAGAUGGGGCUCAACCUCAGGAGACAGGUCACCGGAACCGAGACACCGUUGAGGAGGCCGCCCACGUACGAAAUAACGAACAAAGUUCGGAUAACGAAGACCAAGACAUAGUGGUACCAGCACCUAAACGGACAAGGACCAAUGGGCUACCGUCAAGAAAUAUAUCUGCAGACCCGAGUUCUCCCGUGUCAUGCUCAUUCAACGUCGAGGAGGCUGCACCGUCGACCAGCAGCCAAUGGACGGACCGGUUUCGAUUCGCGACCUCACCUGCUCUCGACGACGAUUUCCCAGCUGAGAAUUUGCAGGAUGGUGAGGAGAAACUACGGCAGCAGAAGGAAAGGGAGAGGUUGCAUAAGCGAUUCGUGAAGAAACUGGGUGGACCCGACUGUCUUAUCGGGAUUGGAAGCAAUUCUCAUGGUGCCGGAGAAGCUGGAAUCGCCGAGGAUGGAGCAGAUGCAGUGGAAGGGGCUGACGAGGAUGAGGGGCCUGCGCAACACCCGCCAUUGAAUGGAAGGGGGAAGGCUCUUACGAAGAAAGGCGGGAGCAAACUUACACCGAUGGAAAGGCAGGUCAUCGACAUCAAGCGGAAACAUAUGGACACUAUACUCGUUGUGGAGGUUGGGUAUAAGUUUCGGUUCUUUGGCGAAGACGCAAGGGUUGCUGCAAAAGAACUGAGUAUAGUUUGCAUUCCUGGGAAGUUGAGGUUUGAUGAACAUCCGUCGGAAGCCCAUCUCGACCGGUUUGCAUCUGCUAGCAUCCCAGUACACAGACUGCAUGUGCAUGUGAAGCGGCUUGUCGCUGCUGGGCACAAGGUUGGCGUUGUAAGGCAGAUUGAAACCGCUGCCCUGAAGGCUGCAAGCGAUAAUCGCAACGCUCCAUUUGUCCGGAGACUCACGAAUCUAUACACCAAGGCGACUUAUAUUGACGAUGUGGAGGGGCUGGAAAUGCCAGCCGCCUCAAGCGAUGCGUCUCCUGCAACUGGAUAUAUGCUUUGCAUAACGGAGACAAAUUCCAAAGGCUGGGGAAAUGAUGAGAAAGUCCAUGUGGGGAUUGUCGCGGUGCAGCCAGCAACCGGAGACGUUAUAUAUGAUGACUUCGAGGAUGGUUUUAUGAGAAGUGAAAUCGAGACGAGGCUUCUUCAUAUCGCACCCUGCGAGCUCCUCAUCGUUGGCGAACCUUCAACUGCGACAGAAAAGCUUCUUCGACAUUUAUCUGGUAGCAAGACGAACGUCUUCGGAGACCAGGUCCGUGUAGAGAGGGCCUCCAAACCGAAGACCGCAGCGGCAGAAUCUCAUAGCCAUGUAUCGAGCUUCUACGCUGGCAAGAUGAAGGCCACUGGCACGAAGGACGAUGUACAGGCGAGCAACCUGCUCGAGAAAGUGCUCACUCUGCCUGAGCAAGUCACUAUCUGUCUCUCUGCCAUGAUCAAACACAUGACUGAGUACGGCCUGGAACAUGUCUUCGACCUUACGAAAUAUUUCCAACCUUUCUCCGCGCAGUCACAUAUGCUUCUUAAUGGGAAUACAUUAGUGAGCUUGGAAAUCUACCAAAACCAGACAGACCAAACGGCGAGAGGCAGUUUAUUUUGGACGCUGGAUCGAACGCAGACGCGUUUUGGACAAAGGUUGCUUCGGCGAUGGGUUGGUCGACCUUUGCUAGAUAAAUCCCGACUUGAAGAGAGGAUCAACGCUGUGGCGGAACUGAACAGUCCAGACAAAGUCAGUAUGGUUGAGAGAAUCAGACGGCUACUAGCGAAAGUGAAGACCGACCUAGAGAAAAGCCUAAUUCGAAUAUACUACGGAAAGUGCACUCGACCAGAGCUUCUUACAUUUCUACAGACGAUGCACAUAAUAUCGUCAGAAUUUUCGGAUAUCGAUUCUCCUGCAGAUUCUUGCUUUACGUCGCCUGCAGUAAGCGAUGCCGUUGCCUCCCUCCCCGUAAUUCUGAAGGAGGUCCAGAACUUUCUCGAAAAGAUCAACCUGCAUGCAGCUAAAAACGAUGACAAGUAUUCCUUCUUCCGGGAAGCGGAAGAAACGGAGGAGAUCACGGAGGAAAAGCUUGGGAUUGCAUGCGUCGAGCAGGAGCUGCAGGAACAUCUUACCGAAGCAGCAGAAGCAAUUAAGAAAAGCAAGGUGCAAUACACGACGGUUGGGGGAAUUGAGUAUCUCAUCGAAGUGGAGAAUAGAUCGGUGUAUAUGGCCCGCGUCCCUGCAUCAUGGGUAAAAAUGAGUGGCACAAAAAGCGUCUCACGAUUCCACACACCCCAGGUCAUUCAAAUGCUGCGACAGCGAGAUCAACAUAAAGAAGCCCUAGCAGCGGCAUGCGAUUCGGCGUAUAUGGAACUCCUCGCCGAGAUUUCUUCUAGCUACCAGUCCUUCCGAGAUUGCAUACAGUCUCUAGCAACAUUAGACUGUCUACUAUCUCUCGCAACUAUAGCUAGCCAGCCCGGAUACGUUAAACCUGAGUACACCCAAGAGACCUGCAUACAGGUGGAACAAGGCCGUCACCCCAUGGUCGAGCAGAUCAUCCUGGAUACCUACGUACCUAAUGAUAUCAACCUUGAAAGCGAUGGAACGCGAGCCCUCCUCGUGACGGGUCCGAACAUGGGUGGAAAAUCUAGUUACGUGCGCCAAGUAGCCCUAAUCGCCAUUAUGGGACAGAUUGGAUCUUUUGUCCCCGCAAAAUCUGCAAAACUGGGCAUGCUAGACGCCGUAUUCACGCGCAUGGGUGCCUUCGACAACAUGCUUGCUGGCGAGUCGACCUUCAUGGUCGAGUUAUCAGAAACAGCAGACAUCCUUAAGCAGGCGACGCCGCGCUCACUGGUGAUCCUUGACGAACUUGGCCGAGGCACGUCUACGCACGAUGGCGUCGCCAUCGCCCAGGCCGUGUUGGAUUACAUGCUGCGCUCGGUGAAAAGCCUCACGCUUUUCAUCACGCACUACCAGCAUCUGGCAAGUAUGGCUCGCUCCUUCCCAGAUCACGAGCUGCGAAACGUGCAUAUGCGCUUCACGGAGUCCGGGUCUGGAUCAGCCGAUGACGAAGAGAUCACCUUCCUUUACGAGGUGGGCGAGGGCGUCGCACACCGCAGCUACGGGUUGAAUGUUGCGAGGUUGGCCAAUUUACCCACGUCUGUACUGGAUGUGGCCAGGCAGAAGAGUGCAGCAUUGGAGGAGAAGAUCCGUCGACGAAGGCUGGAAGGAUUGAUCAGGUCCGUUGGGAAGAUGAUCGGAGAUGGCUCUUCUCCGGGGGAUGAAGGAUUAAUUGAGCGACUUGUUAGUAGUGCCGAGCAGUUGUAG